AGCUGCAAGAACAGAAGUAUGGCUGUGCUGCUUCAGGGCCUCUGUUUUUAUUGGCCAAUUGCUAGAGGCACAGCAAUUUACAGCCAUAGGACAGUCCGUGUUUAAAGUUCACUGGGGCUGCAGCUGCCCUGCCCUUAGAGACAGUUUUGUUUUGGUGGGGUUUUUUGUUUGUUUGUUUUGUUUUGUUUAAUGCGAAUACUGAGGGUGGCUUUAACCCGUUCAGCAAAGGGCGCGGAUAGAGCAUAGGCACCCGGUAUUCUGCCCGUCUCUGUGGGGGCCGCCGGCAUGGAGGGCAGGGGCCGGCUGGGCUCUGUGAGGCUCCGCUGGGGAGCGCCGCGUCCCAGCCCGGUUCGGAGACAUUUCGCGGCUCGGCUUAACGUCGGUGUCGCGGCGCUCGGGGUGCAGCUAGGGGCCGCGGUGCGGCCUGGCCUACGCGGCCUGGAGGAGGAGAGGGCCCAGCCCCGCUGUCCAUGUCCGGGCUCUGGCGGCCCGCGGAGCGGUGCAAGCCCGGAGCUGUGUCACUGCCACCUGAGGAGAUCGCCUUUAUUUUGCAAUUCUCUGCCAAAAACCAAAGAGUGGAGCUGCAGAUACCCAUUAUUUCUGCAUAGACAAUGAACUUGUGUACGAGAACUUUUAUGGAGAUUUUGGACCACUCAAUCUCGCAAUGGUCUACAAAUACUGCUGCAAGAUAAAUAAGAAAUUAAAGUCAUUUUCAUUGAUAAAGAAGAAAAUAAUUCAUUAUACUGGCUUUGAUCGAAAAAAGCAAGCAAAUGCUGCAUUUCUCAUAGGCUCCUACGCAAUAAUAUAUCUGAGAGAAUCACCAGAAGAUGUGUACAAGCUUGUAUUGGCUGGCAGUGUUUCAUAUCUUCCUUUCAGGGAUGCUUCAUUUGGUACUUGCAGUUUUCAUCUGACGUUGCUGGAUUGUUUUCAUGCAAUAAACAAGGCUUUGCAGUAUGGUUUUCUGGAUUUUGAUGAAUUUGAUGUAAAUGAAUAUGAGCAUUAUGAGAGAGCAGAAAAUGGAGAUUUUAACUGGAUAAUACCAAACAAAUUCAUUGCCUUCAGUGGACCUCAUUCAAGAAGUAAAAUUGAAAAUGGCUAUCCCCAUCAUGCUCCAGAAGCUUAUUUCCCAUACUUCAGGAAACAUAAGGUCACCACGAUAAUACGCCUCAACAAAAAAAUGUAUGAUGCCAGACGUUUUACAGAUGCUGGAUUUGAGCAUUUUGACCUCUUCUUUGCUGAUGGAAGCAUACCUAACGAUGCUAUAGUUAAAGCAUUUCUAAAUAUUUGUGAAAAUGCUGAAGGUGUUAUAGCCGUUCAUUGCAAAGCUGGUCUUGGACGAACUGGCACACUUAUUGCCUGUUAUAUUAUGAAGCAUUAUCGAAUGACAGCUGCUGAAGCUAUUGCCUGGAUUAGAAUAAAUAGACCAGGUUCAGUGAUUGGACCGCAACAACAUUUCCUGAUGGAGAAACAGCCAGAACUUUGGACAGAAGGAGAUCUUUUCCAUGCAAAGUUGAGACAAAACUGUAAAAUGGGUGUAACAAGAAUCCUGUCAGGAGUAGGUCAUAUUUCACUCAAUGGUGUUAGAAACAGGAGAACCAUCCAAAAUGACAGUGAACUGUACAGUGAUGAAGAUGAAAAAGACUGUAUAACACAAGGUGAUAAGCUUCGUGCUUUGAAAAGUAAAAGGCAGGCAAAAUCUACAACUUCAUCUCCACUAAAAGUAAUUCUGCAGUCCACUGUUCAGAAAAAUAAAACCUCUGAACCUAACAUUUCUGACAGUACAAACAUUACUAAAAGAACUACCAGGUCUGCAGCAAGAAACAAAAGUGUAAAAAGCAGCCAGUCCAUCGCAAGAACUAGAACAGUAUUGCGUUAAAAUUUCAAAUCAGCAAGCAGUGUUGAAAGGGGAUAUCCAGGAAUGAAGGGGAUACAACUCGAUGACACUUGAUUGCAAUUCUAGGAAGAUGUCUUUGGCUCCAUUUAAAGAGAAGAAACUUAUUCAUACUCAUAGAAUAAAACUGUCAACAUGCUUGUUAGACAGUUUCUUAAUUGCUAAUGCUUCCUCAAGCAAAACCAACAAAAUCUGUGUAAAUUUAGACUCAGGUGUAAAUACUUGAGUUCUCUAUUAUAAAGAGGGCUCCCUAGUAUAUAUGAUGCAUGUGUAUAAAACGUGAUGGCAAUCACUUAUAGCUGCUGACCACCAGAAGUGAAGAAAUGGUGGGAGUUUUUAACGUAUAAAUCUGUUCUGUUCAUUCAGACUGGGCUCAGGUCUCCACUUGAGACUGAAACUCAACCACAGAGGCUUUUUACUUAUAGGUUUAGUACUCUCUUGUGUUAAUUGUCUAUUCGUUCUUAUUUUAUAUGACUUUUUUUUAUGAAGUCCCAGUAUUGAGAACACAAAGUAACUAUUUUCCACCAAAGAGUGCUUUAUUUUCAAAGAUUGUGAUUUUUUUUAAUUUUGAAAAAAAAAAAAAAGACAACUGAAAGUAAUUACCUUGUUUUUAAUAGUGAUAGAUUUUUAGUUGUUCGCAACCACUGGCUCUUUUACCUGUUCGUAUUUGCUUUAAAUCUAGUAUGAUUCUAAGAGGGAGGAAAAACAUUUAAAGCAGUGAAAUGUCAUUACUCUUUCUUUUCAUAUCUUCAAGACUUUUAGAGGAAUCUUUAGAUUACCAUAUCUGAAAGGCAGGACUUUUUUCCCAAAUUUUAUUGGUACAUUUAAUAACUUAUGAAUAUUAACUGUUUUUUUUUUUUUUUUUGCUUGAAAAUACUUAAUGAGUGCAGCAUGUUUUUUUUUUUUUUGUUUUUUGUUUUUUUUAAAGGGGAAAAAAUAAGCUUCCUGUACAACUGAAAUUGGUAAUAGAACUCAGGGGCAGAUACAGUUGGUAACAUCUCAUUACAAUGAUUAUAAAACUACAGCUCUCAGUUAAAAGCAGUGAAAUUUUUAGAGCAAUCUGAGACUGAAAUUUUGAUCCACUGCGAGACUAUCUUCAAACACUGGUAAUGUUUUUUCCCUACUGCAUCCGCAUUAUGAAAUAUGUCUCAAAGGCUUGCUUUGAAGUGAGGCAUCCUUGCUUCCUGGAAGUUGAGCUGCAUUUCCCUCAAAUGAGAACUGCUACCACAUAGCCUUAGACAGAAUACAAUUCUCUCUUCAUUUUGUAACUCCUACAGAAGAAAGGAGUAGAAAAGGAGACCUAGAAUCAUAGAAUCAUAGAAUCCUUAGAGUUGGAUGGGACCUUUAAAGGUCAUCUCGUUCAACUCCCCAGCAAUGAACAGGGGCAUCCACAGCUAGGUCACAUAGCUCAGAGCCUCGUCCAGCCUGGCCUUGAAUGUCUCCAUGAACAGGGCAUCCACCACAUCUCGGGGCAGCUUGUUCCAGUGCCUCCCCACCCUCACUUGUAAAGGCUUUUUCCUCAUAUCCAACCUAAAUCUACCCUCUUUAAGUUUGAAACCAUUUCCUCUUCUCCUGUCACCACAGACCCUGCUAAGAAGUCAGUCCCCUUCAUUCUUGUAGCUUCCCUUUAGACACUGAAAGGAAGGUGUUCAGUCUAUUGGCCCUCCUCCGGACGCGCUCCAACAGGUCUGUGUCUCUCCUACACUGAGGAGUCUGUAUCUGGAUGAGGACUCCAGGUUAGGUCUCUCCAACAGAGAGCAGAGAGAGGCAGGAUUGCCUCCUUCACCCUGCUGGCCUCCUUCACCCUGCUGGCUUCUUUGGAAGCAUGUUGGAUAUGGCUGGCCUUCUGGGCUGCAAGGGCACAGUGCUGGCUCAUGUUCAGCUUGCCACCCACCAGUACGUCCAAGUCAUUUUUGGCAGGAAUUUUAGCAACAGAGUAAUCUUAAGUUUUUAAAAGAUACAGAUUAUAUUUGCAAGGGGAGGACUUUCUUUCUAUGAAGCUAAGUGGGCAGGUACAGUGACUAGUUCCAGUCUAUAACCAUUUGAAAAAUGGAAGGAAGUGUUCUGUUACACUAGUGGUUUCUCAGUGCCACUAUGAAUAACCACACAUGGGUUUGAAUAUGUUUUUGUUGUCAAAGAAGAGGAUUGUGAGUUGGAGAGGAGGCAGGAUGUAAAAUGCAUGGUGACAGCAUCUGUGAGUGUGGAUACUCCAAAUCUGCAAGUAUGAACACAAAGAAAAUAGGAAAGGUUUGUAUGGUGCAAGAUAAGGUGCACUAAGGCUUAUACCCUUAUUCCGCUUUCCUACUCCCACUCUCUUCUGGGUGAAAACCACCCAAAAACAUAAUACAUAUGAUAAUUUUUUUUGGGGGGGGGAGGGCUCCUUCACCAAAACUGCAACAGGUGGUGUGUUGUGCAAAUAUGAAUAUCUUUAUUUUUGAAGAGAAUUGUCAUCUUGAAAAUUUUAAUAGUGAACUUAAUUGCAAGUCUUAACAGGCAGAGGGGAAACGGUGAAACUAAUGAGGUGAAAGGGUGAGAGUAAAAACAAGAAAGAUUUAUUAAUAUUUAUUGGUUUUGGCCUUAUCGUUCUCUUAACUGAACUUUUUCUAAAUCUAAAACUUAUCAGUCUAUUUCACAGACCUUCAAAAUUCUGAAUUUCCCUUUAACAUGAGAACUCUGCAAGCGGUCUUGCAUCGUGAAUUAACCCAUUACCUCAUUAUGUGUCAUCUAAUUGUUUUGCUUUGUGUGUCCAAGUUUUUAGUAUUUUGUCUUGUGUCUUUAUUACACUAUACACCAUACCAAAGCUGUCUUAAGUACAAUUAUGAAGAGUAGUAGCCAUGGGUGAGGUAGUCCUUGGUUUACAAAUCUGUUUUGAAAUAUGAAGUAUUGUGUGCCAGAAAUGAGCAUGUAUGACAGCAGUGCAACAGAGUGGCUGAAGGAGGUUAUUUCUGUUGUUAACAACUAGGAGUUUUGGUUAAACUUAAAAAUUCUUUCCACUCUUUCAACAUGAGAGAUGGAUUCUUCCGUGAUCUCUUAUUCAAAAGUAUGUAACAUAUUCAAAAGCUGUAGUAUCUUAAGUCAAAUUGCUAGCUUCUAUUACAGCAUCAGUAUGGUAAUGGAAGUCAAAAAGGACCGUGUCCUUUUGCCCUAGGACAAUAGAAGAAGUGCUGCUUUAAAAUAACAACAACAACAACAAAGAAAAAUAAUAUUUGUAGAGACUUGUGCAUUAAAAUGGGGGGAAAAAAAGAAAAAAGUUACAUUCACCAAUUUGUUGCACUGCAGUUUUUAUAUUAAUAGUUUGCAGACUGUUUGUCUUGUGUAAACUUGUGUACAGACUAUCAAGAUCUAGAAGUCUUCAACUAAUCAGUACUAUUCAUCCUGAUUAUUUUUAAAUUGUAUAUUUUUAAUCAUAUUUUUUUAACUUGGAUUGACAGAAUGGGAGUUUAUUUUGCUGGCGGUAUUUUUAAGAUAAAGCUUCAUAUUAUCUUGUAAUAUCAAAUAGCUCAAUAUGCAUUUGUGUCUCAUUUGAAAAUAGUGCAUAUUGUAUUUGGUUUUAUACAAAAUAUUGAAUAGUGAGAAUUGUAAACAUGAAUUAUGUAAAAUUAAAAAUAAUAAUCAGAA